AGAGAAGACGAAAAUUUCGGUGCAGUGAAAUCACGCUCUCGAUCGUCGCGUGUUGCAUUGAGUUAAUUCCGAAAAAUAAAAUAAUCCGAUUGAUUUUUCCCGGUGAUUAAUUAAUCGAAUCAAGAGAAAAAUGUCGACAGUCGCUAGUGCAUUGGCUGUUGGUGGAUCCAGACAAUCAGGAGCACCAGUGAGAACACAAAACGUCAUGGCAGCUUGUUCCAUUGCCAACAUCGUCAAGAGCUCAUUGGGACCUGUGGGCCUUGAUAAAAUGCUGGUGGACGACAUUGGUGAUGUCACUGUAACGAACGAUGGAGCAACGAUUUUACGUCUUCUGGAGGUGGAGCAUCCAGCAGCUCGAGUCCUGGUGGAGCUGGCGCAGCUCCAGGAUGAGGAAGUGGGCGAUGGUACAACGUCAGUUGUCAUUGUCUCAGCUGAGCUCUUGAAGAAUGCCGAUGAGUUGGUGAAACAGAAGAUCCACCCCACGUCAGUAAUCUCUGGGUACAGACUAGCCUGCAAGGAGGCAUGCAAGUACAUCCAGGAGCACCUGACAGUCUCAGUCGAUGAAUUGGGGAGGGACUGUCUCGUCAACGUCGCCAAGACCUCGAUGUCUUCGAAAAUCAUCGGGGCUGACGCCAAUUUCUUCGGGAAUAUCGUCGUCGAUGCUGCAAAUGCUGUGAAGGUGAACGAUGGAAAGGGUGGGCAUCUGUAUCCCAUCAAAGCCGUCAAUAUUCUCAAGGCCCAUGGAAAGAGCGUUCGUGAGUCAAUCCUGGUGCAGGGGUACGCCCUGAACUGCACUGUUGCCUCCCAGGCCAUGCCCAAGAAGAUAAUCCACGCUAAAAUCGCGUGCCUGGACUUCUCCCUUCAAAAAACAAAGAUGAAACUUGGUGUUGAAGUUUUGAUAACAGAUCCCGAGAAGCUGGAUGCUGUGCGCCAGAGGGAGAUCGACAUCACCAAGGAAAGAAUCCAGAAAAUAAUAUCAGCAGGUGCAAAUGUCAUUCUGCUGACAGGUGGAAUCGACGAUCUGUGCCUGAAGUACUUCGUCGAGGCUGGGGCAAUGGCUGUGAGAAGAUGCAAAAAGGCAGACUUGAAGAGAAUAGCCAAAGCCACUGGUGCCCAGUUUCUCACUUCCCUCACCAACAUGGAGGGUGAUGAGAGCUUUGAGCCGAGCUUCCUGGGGGAAGCAGCGGAGGUUGUCCAGGAGGUGUUAUGCGAUGACGAGCUCAUCCUCAUAAAAUCCCCCAAAGCCAGAACAGCUGCCUCCAUCAUCCUCAGGGGACCCAAUGACUACUACUGCGACGAGAUGGAGAGAUCAGUGCACGAUGCCCUCUGCGUGGUGAAACGAGUCCUCGAGAGUAAGAGCGUGGUGGCUGGUGGUGGCUGUGUCGAGGCUGCACUCUCCAUUUACCUCGAGAAUUUUGCCACCUCUCUGUCAUCCAGGGAACAGCUGGCAAUUGCUGAAUUUGCUCGUGCCCUUUUGGUCAUUCCCAAGACUCUUGCUGUCAAUGCUGCUCAGGACUCCACUGAUCUCGUCGCCAAACUCAGGGCUUAUCACAACUCCAGUCAGACAACUGUUGAUCAUGCCAAUCUCAAGUGGGUAGGUCUUGAUUUAAUCGAAGGCACUGUCAGGGACAAUAAAAAAGCUGGAGUGCUCGAGCCAACCAUCUCAAAAAUUAAAUCACUCAAAUUCGCUACUGAGGCUGCCAUCACAAUCCUCAGAAUCGAUGACAUGAUCAAACUCGAUCCUGAACAAAAGGGAGGCAAAUCCUAUAAUGAUGCCUAUGCUGCUGGUGAACUCGAGGGCUAAAUCAGUUAAUUAAUCAUAAUUUUUCAAGAGGUGAAAUCUGUUAGAACAUUCUUUCCAGAAUUUUUGGGCUCACAGAUCCGGAAUUCUUCAUAAAUACGGAUUUAUCUCAGAAAGUACAUCCUCCAGGAGAAAAUGUCAGAGAAUUUUAAUUCAGGUAAUUUAAUUACCCAGAAAAAAAGUCCUCUCACAAUUUCCCCUCUUGUCGGCCAUUUUCGAGAUAAUUCUGUAUUUAUGAACUUCAAUUCAAUUUUAAAUGAGAAAAAUUACUCAAAAAUUCAGUGAGAAAUGUCUAACAGUCUGAAGAUUUAUUUUGAAUAUUAUUACUUCCCUGAAUUAUGUAUUACUUCUGCAUAUUAACACUCACUAUUAAAUUGAUCAAACGCGCAUUUAUCCAUUGAUAAUAGAAUUAAUUUAUCACGAAUUAUCGGUCUGGUAUAAAUCAUCGAUUUGUGUAAGACUUCACAAAUGACGAAUAAAAGCUUUUUUUCACGAAAAA